AUGAAGCAAAGAAGGACAUUGAUUCGUGCUUCUCAGACACAAGAGCAAAGAGAGGCAGCCCGUGAAACGGCUAGGUUGGAAACGAGAAAUCGUCGAGCUUUUCGUACAGAUGAACAGAGGAAUAAUCUUCGAAGUGCAAAAAGAAAUGUUUCAAGUAUUGAUUUGAAUCGAGCAGCGUUUCUGUAUGAUUUCACCAUCGACACACGAACUUUGCUUUACUCAGAAAUGCCACGUUAUUACACUUGGAACGCUACAUCGAAGAAAUUUGAACGUCGGAAACAAAGCGAUGCAGUUCCUGGUCAUCCAGAUAUGCGUGCUACUGAUGCUUUUGGUCGUUUUUACACAGUUCAUCCGAAGAAUGAUGAAUGUUUCUAUUUGCGGUUGUUGCUGGUACAUGUUCGAGGGCCAACAUCAUUUAAAUCACUACGAACUGAUAAUGGUAUCGUGUGUCCCACAUUUCGUGCAACAUGUCAAGCGCUUAAUUUGCUUGAAAACGAUACUAAUUGGGACACGACAAUCGCUGAAGCAAUUAUUUCUGCAUUUCGAAGUCAGAUACGCACAAUACUUGCUAUCAUCAUUUUAACAUGCUUCCCAUCGAACCCACGUGACCUGUGGAACAAAUACAAAGAUAACAUGUCAGAAGUAUUUUACAUCGAAUACGCGUCAGCUCAAGAAAUUCCGAUCUUGAGUUGA